AUGUACUACAAUAAUGACGGCAUGUCACCAAGACGAAUCCAAUGGAGAGCACUUGGGACGCUGGGCCUCUGCAUCAUAGGAAUCGGGACUCUCCUCAUCUUCGGGGCUACUGUUCUCUUUGGCUCUUUCUCGCAGACCUCAAUGCGUGCCGUAGACGGAGAGAUCGUGCAUCCCCGGUUCUGGAGUGUCGUUGUCUUCUCGGACUGGGCGUCAAGGGUUUUCACUAUUACUGCCGCUGUGCUGCGCAUAUCACUGCUAUGA